ACUGAAACGCAUUUUCAAACUGAAACUGUGACAGCCCCCUACCUUUCCCUUUUUUUUUUUUUUUUUAAUCGGAAACGAAGAAUGUGGGUGAGGCGUGCAGCCUUGCCUCCUUAGGUAGUAGUAGGAGUGGUAGGUGUUUUUUUUUGUUUUUUACCCCCUCCAUGACCCGAGCGGCUGGGUUAUUCGGGUUUAAACUUCAAACGCCUUUGGCCCGCCGUGUGGAAGCUGUCCCCAAGACCGCAGGUUUCCAAGCCCACAUCGCUGUGCAGAAUCGUACGGUCCACAUGGGUUCUCGAAUUCAAUGAAGAAGACGGCGAUGACAUGCAGCGCGCGCAGAUCCCGAUAGCAGUGGCCGCACGUCUUAUACUAAUUAGUGAUGUCAUCAGUCUCCACCAUCAUGAUGUCUGUCUCUACUCAUCAACAGCUCUUAAUUCAUGAUAGUAGUGUGUUCUUCUUACACGAGGGGAUCUUCCGGCAUGGGAUCGCACGGUCGAGAUCCUUGUCCCGUCGAGUCCCGGGGAAGAACCAGAGCUGGGAUUCCAUUCGGAACCGGGACUCGCACUGCCAGUCGGUCUUGGCAUGCUCGCCGGGAUCCGGACACGGGAAGAUGUCCUUGCGGUCGAGAUCCUCUCCUCUCAGAAGCGCCCAGCGGUGGUGCUUCUGCAGCACUGCCGUACGAUUGCACGAGAGGACCGGGAUCUGCGCCCUGCCGAGACCCGCCGCCGUAAAUCACAAUACACGAAACGUCGUCAUGUUGGACCAGGUGGUGGUCCCCCACCACCGUUCCAGCGGUACCACCAUGAUCAUCGGCGACCAGCUGGGCGCAGCCGCUUGCUCGCUCUCCCGCCCCGAUCACCUCGCGGACGUGUCAGCUGCAGGUCGGGUUCCCGACGGACAUAGGCGUCAUCGUCAAAAGACAAUCAGGCCAGGAUCAUUCGUUUCCAGAUCCCGACCGCGACCGUUCUCUCGCGGCCCUGCCGAUCGUCCGUCGAUCACCUCCGCCGCGGCGGCAGGCGCUUCCGCAGCCGCCGCCGACGGCAUCGGCGGAGACAGAAGCGGACCUGCUGAUGAUGAUGAUGACGUCAACAGCUUGAAGUCGACACGUGGCAGGUCCGCUCUCACCCCAGGGCCCUCCGCUGAUGCUGCUGCUGCUCCUGCUGCUGCCGCGGCCGACGUGGUGAUCGUCGGAGGAGGGAUCGCAGGAUUGGCCACAGCGUUGGCGCUGCACAAAGUCGGAAUCUCGGCGAAGGUUCUGGAGAAAGCGCCGGGCUUGCGCGGAGAAGGGGCAUCGAUCGGGAUAUGGAGCAAUGCUUGGCGCGCACUGGAGGUGCUGGGUGUCGCCGACGAGCUGCGACCGCACUCUUUCCAGAUAGAUAAGGUGAUGACGUGGACACUAUCCCAAUCCACUCGUCGUCUCAUCAGCUCCAUGGAUCUACGUGGCGGCGGUGGGAAUAAGGCACCCCCCUCCUCCUCCUCCUCCUUCCUGGAAUUGAGAGGGGUGAUGAGAAAUCGUCUGCUCGGCGCGCUUUCAAGGUCACUGCCACCGGACACGAUUCAGUUCAACGCGGGAGUCUCCUCCAUAAGGCAGGUGAUACCCUCAGCAGCAGCAGCAGCAGCAGCAGCAGCAGUCGCAGCAGACCACUGGGAUCCCGACUCUGCGACGAACCGCGACCGUGAUCUCCGACAAACUCCAACACUAGAGGUCAGGUCGGAGGACGGCGCCACGUGGACGCCCAAGGUGUUGAUCGGCUGCGACGGGAUCGGGUCCAAGGUCGCAUCUUGGCUCGGCCUGCCCAAGCCCGUGUAUUCAGGCCAAAUGGCGUACAGGGGGGUGGCAGAGUUUCCGUCCGGGAUCCCGACGUGGGCAGGAAGAACACCGAGCGCUGAGGACCCUUGCUGGUGUUUCCAGCAGACGGUUGGGAUCGGGAUGAGGGUCGGGAUGUACCCGAUCAACGACAAGCUAGUCUACUGGUUCGUGACGUACAACAAUCGCGACCAGAAUGACGCGCCCCCUGCGGAACCAUCAGCGCGAAAGGCGGCGCUGCUCGCGCUCCUGAGCGGAUGGGAAGAGAGUGGGAUCGUAGACACAGUGGAGAACACCAAGGCGGAGUUUGUCACACACAGCGUGCUUUCGGGGAGGUAUUACCCCCCCCCUCUGCCAGGUGUCCGAUGGGGCCGCGGAUGUGUGACACUCGCGGGGGACUCCGCCCAUCCCAUGACUCCUAAUCUCGGCCAGGGGGGAUGCAUGGCGCUCGAGGACGCCGUGGUCCUAGCUCGCCAGCUCGCAGCCUCAGGGGCGUUCCCAUCCACGACGACCAGCAGGUUGAAGACGACGACCGGCACUGCUACCGGUCGCAGUACGCAGUCACGCACAGAAGAGUUCAACUUGAUUGCUUCAGCCAUCGAGAGAUACGAGCGAGAACGGAUCGUACGGACCACAUUGAUCACUUAUAGAUCAUGGGCAGUGGGAGAACUCAUGCAGUCCACGUUCGCUCCCUUACGCUUCUUCAGAGAUGAAAUUCUCCUGCCGUAUGUGGUCAGCCCCAAGACGCUUAAGAGGACCACUGAGUAUGAUUGCGGAACACUAAUUAGACCCUCGCAAGACUCGCGCCGCGCGUAGGACGUGGGCAAUGCAUACGUAGGACAGGAUAGACUAAAGGCCCUCAAGCGCCAAUCAAUGUAAAUUUUGUAA